UAUGUGGAGCAGUGUACAGUGAAGCGGAGGCAGAGCGGCUCCGCGAGCUCCUCUCCACUUUCCCAUAGAGAACCCCAGACUGGCCGCGGAGGGCGAGCUACACACACGCCCUCACGGCCGGCGAGCCCGCGAGGCAGCGCCGCCCGAGAGGGGCACGGGAGCCGGGGCGCGGGCAGGAGCAGCCCGAGGAAAACAACAACAGAACCCUCACGCCGGCGGGCGGCUCGUGGCCGCCCCGGGAGCCCCAAACUUCAUCUGGGCGAAAGUCACUAUCAUAUGACAAGGGCUUUGCCGCAGUUCAUCUUCUUCCCUUUGUACUUUCCAUUUGCCUUCCUGGAAUCCUGCCGCAUCACAGAAGCUGGAAAUUCUGAUGUUCCAUUGAAAUCACAAUGGAUGGUCUUGACUUGACCGGACACAGUAAUGAAAGGCAGUAAUAGAAAUAAAGAUCAUUCAGCAGAAGGAGAAGGGGCUGGAAAACGACCAAAACGGAAGUGUCUUCAGUGGCAUCCAUUGCUAGCAAAGAAACUUCUUGACUUUUCUGAAGAGGAGGAAGACGAAGACGAAGAAGAGGAUACUGAUAAGGUUCAAGUUCUUGGGGCUGAUGGCCUAGAGCAAGAUGUUGGUGAGACUGAAGAUGAUGAAUCACCAGAACAACGAGCCCGGAGACCAAUGAAUGCAUUUCUCUUAUUCUGCAAACGUCAUCGCUCCCUUGUACGUCAGAAACAUCCCAAGCUUGAUAACCGAGGUGCUACAAAGAUACUGGCUGAUUGGUGGGCUGUUCUCGAUCCAAAGGAAAAGCAGAAAUAUACAGACAUGGCCAAGGAGUAUAAAGAUGCAUUUAUGAAAGCAAAUCCUGGCUACAAAUGGUGUCCUACCACAAACAAGCCUGUGAAAUCCCCAACACCCUCUGUCAAUCCACGAAAGAAACUGUGGGCCUUCCCAUCUGACUCUUCAAGAGACUUGCCAAGCCCCAAGAAAGCAAAGACUGAAGAAAUGCCUCAGCUUAACUUUGGAAUGGCCGAUCCUACUCAAAUGGGAGGCCUGAGCAUGCUGCUUUUAGCUGGAGAACAUGCUCUUGGCACAUCAGAGAUAUCCUCUGGCACUUGCAGGCCUGAUGUUUCAGAAUCCCCUGAAAUGCGUCAGAAGUCACCAUUAUUUCAGUUUGCUGAGAUAUCUUCAAGUACAUCCCACCCCAGUGCUCCUUCGAAACAGUGUCAGGCGUCAGCCCUGUUUCAGUUUGCUGAGAUUUCUUCAAACACUUCGCAGUUGGGUGGUGCUGAACCUGCAAAACGCUGUGGAAAGUCUGCACUCUUUCAACUAGCCGAGAUGUGUCUGGCCUCAGAGGGGAUGAAAAUGGAAGAAUCCAAGCUCAUAAAAGCAAAAGAAUCAGAUGGGGGAAGAAUUAAAGAAUUGGAGAAGGCAAAGGAAGAAAGAGAAAUAAAAAUGGAGAAAACAGAUGAAGCCAGGUUACAGAAGGAAGCAGAAUUUGAAAAAUCAGCAAAGGAAAAUGCAGGAGAUGCUAAGGAAUUAAAUUUUGAGCAGCUGCAAAUGGAUGAUGCAAUGGCUGUAAAAAUGGAAGAUCCCAAAGAAAUUAAAAAGGAAGAAUUAGACGAAGAUCAAAAAUGUAGUCACUUCCCUGAUUUUUCUUACUCUGCCAGCAGCAAGAUAAUAAUAAGCGAUGUUCCCAGUAGAAAGGAUCACAUGUGCCAUCCUCAUGGAAUUAUGAUCAUUGAGGAUCCCACAUCAUUAAAUAAACCAGAAAAGCUAAAAAAGAAGAAGAAGAAGAGCAAAAUGGAUCGACACGGCAAUGAUAAAUCCACCCCCAAGAAGACUUGCAAAAAGAGGCAGUCCUCCGAGUCUGACAUCGAGAGUGUCAUAUAUACCAUUGAAGCUGUUGCAAAGGGAGACUGGGGCAUCGAAAAACUUGGAGAAACUCCUCGCAAGAAGGUCCGCACAUCCUCAAGUGGCAAGGGAAGCAUUUUGGAUGCCAAGGCACCAAAGAAAAAAGUGAAAUCAAGAGAGAAGAAAAUGUCAAAGGAGAAAUCCUCAGACACCACCAAAGAGUCCAGACCUUCAGAUUUCAUCAGUGUUUCUGCCAGCAAGAACAUUCCUGGUGAGGUGCCAGAGGGUAUAAAAGCAGAACAGUUGACCCCCACAGAAGAUGCACUACCACCCAGCCUGCCAGCACAGACCAAGACUGAGGACGGCGACUGUCCCAGAAAAAUGGAGACUUGUGGCUCCCGGAAAUCGGAGCGGUCUUGCAAAGGUGCUCUUUAUAAAACCCUGGUGUCUGAGGGCAUGCUCACCUCUCUGCGAGCCAAUGUGGACAGAGGGAAACGAAGCUCAGGAAAAGGAAACUCUUCUGAUCAUGAAGGGUGUUGGAAUGAGGAAAGCUGGACAUUUAACCAGAGCGGGACCAGUGGGAGCAAGAAGUUCAAGAAGACAAAGCCAAAGGAAGAGCCCCUCCUUGGCUCAGCAAAGCUGGAUGAAGAAUUUGAAAAAAAAUUCAACAGCCUCCCUCAAUACAGUCCUGUUACAUUUGACCGGAAAUGUGUAUCUAUCCCAAGAAAAAAGAAGAAGACUGGAAACAUGCCCUCAGAACCGACUAAAACCAGCAAAGGUCCUUUCCAGUGUCAGAAAAAGAAUUUAUUCCACAAAAUUGUCAGCAAAUAUAAGCACAAAAAGGAGAAGCCUAAUGUUCCCGACAAAGUGGAAAAACAUCACUCUUUAGGAAGUGGGGAUAAAUGGUCAAACAAGCAAUUCUUCUUGGAUGCCAUUCACCCUACAGAAGCCAUAUUUACAGAAGACAAAAACACCACAGAGCCUGCUUAUAAGGUUAAAAAUGCCCUCUCCAUUCUCAACACUCCAGAGCCAGCAGCCAUGCAAGAACCGCUGGUGGGUAGCCAGAAGAGAAAAGCGAGGAAAACCAAGAUCACACACCUGGUCAGGACAGCAGAUGGCCGGGUGUCACCAGCAGGAGGUACUUUGGAUGACAAACCAAAGGAACAACUGCAGAGAAGCCUCCCCAAAGUGCCCGGGACAGGCUGCAGUGAGGAAUGCGCACACGGCAGCGAGGCCGCGGACACGCGGAGCAGCACUCCCGAGAUGCCGGCAGUGUCUGCGUUCUUCAGCCUGGCGGCGCUGGCUGAAGUGGCCGCCAUGGAAAAUGUGCACAGAGGUCAGAGGUCAACUCCACUCACCCAUGAUGGGCAGCCAAAAGAAAUGCCACAGGCUCCUGUACUUAUUUCCUGCGCUGACCAGUGAACCGCCCUUUAAUUGUAAAACAUUGUGCUUUACCUACUAUCCUAGCCUUGUCUUUACCGAGGGAUGCUAGUGAUUCCAUGUGGUGGAAACUAUAGACUGCAAACAAGUGCUUGUUGCCCUACACGGCCCAGAUUCACUUGAAGCAGAAGUUAGCCUUCUGGGCCCAUUUCUUCUUUCAGAAGUCAGAAUCUUUGAGGAUGAUGUUACCUGUCUGAUAAUGAGCAGAAACGAAAUGAUUCUAGAGCUUUGCUUUCUAUUGAAGGCUUUGACGGUAAUAGGGGGUAACUUGGUAAAAGGCUGCCUUUACUGUAGCUCAUUCGGCAUCUCUUUUACCAACCAGAGAGUGUGAAACUAGUUUCGUAUAUUACCUAGUUAUUCUUUCAAAACAAAAAAACAAACAAAAAAAAAAACAAAACUGACGCACUGCACUAGUUAUUAUUAGAUAUUCUUAGUCUUUUUUGUACAUGGAGAUUUGAGUUCUAAGAAGGUUUAUAUAAUAGGUUAUACCUACAUUUAUAUUGUAGAAUAAUAUUAAAAAGCCUGUUCCGAGACUCCCACGCAGCACGGGCAGGCAGAUGUACCAUUGUUAGCGGUGUAUGCUCGGCCUCGUGGUCCAUAUAUUCUGCACUUUUAUAUUUGCCACCAGGGUGGUAGUUUGCUGGCAAAAAAAAAAAAAAAGAGAGAGAGAGAGAAAAAAAAUUUACGAUUCUUACAAGCUGAAUUUUUUUCUUAGCCUUGAGUGACCAAGAAGAAUUUGCUUGGGGCAAAUUGUGGCAAAUAUUUUCCCAGACAGGGGAAAGAGUCCUGCAGAUUACAGGUUACUGGUGUUUUCAUGCCUUGAGGAUUCUUUUAUUUUUACACAAGGGUCGAAGCGACCAAUGGAUCGUUCAUACAAACAAACAAAAAAAACAAAAAAAAAAAAUAAGAGAAAACUAUUAUUCAGAAGUGACCUUAGUAUUGCUUCACUAUUCUGAACACAUUGAAGACACUCACUUCCUGUGGACAUUGAGCCACAGACCUUUUCCAUCCAUCCCAGACUGGACGGGUAGCAAUUGCUAUGCACAGCCUAACUGGCACUGCAGGUUUUUAGAGCCAUUUUGAGUUUGUGUUGUUAAGGGAAGUAUGCCUGACCAGAGGGAGAGUGUCAGUCAUAGAUCCACCUGCAAGUUUCUGUUUCCUUUUUGUAUUUUGUUGCUUUUGAACAUAAAAACCAACCGUACAUAUGCCAGUACCAAGUGGAUUAACUGGCGUAGAACAUUCAACAUAUUGACUUAACCACCUGACGUUCACAGUGUCUUGUUUCCUAGCAACAGAUACAAAGUGAUAAAUCAAAAUUAGUCAGAGACUACAGAUUUUACAGGGUAUUUGUUCCAUAGCACAAAGUAUUUCCCCACUCUUGCAUCGCAGCACAAACUACCAAAUUUCAAUGAUUGGAUUCCAGCAAUAAUUUUUAGUGGUUUUCAAACUGGCAGAAUUUUGAUAGUGUUAGUUCAAGUUUGAAGCUUUUGAAUUAGAUCUCUAAAUGGUGACAGUUUACAAGGUUUUAUCUAGCUUUCUUAUUUAUACUUGACUGAAUUGUAAUGAUGAUUUUUUUCUAAUCGUAAUUUGACCUAAUAGCCAUAUAAAAAAAUGACUCUAUUAGUACUGACUAGGUUUAGCUUUUCAUGGUUGUACUUCAGUUUCAGUGCUGGAAAAUAUGUACAACAAACUAACAGAAUUGAAGAAGACUAAAUAGAGAGAUGUUUUUUUCAAAGCAGGUGAAGAGGGCAGCAGAGCAUUGGAAGGGUGUUCUCAAAAUGCAUACUCAUUGUGGGCGUGGAGAAGGAGUUAGUCAGCGAGGUUAAUCAGAGGUUAAAGCUUAACCCCAUUCACACAGAGAUAAAUCAGGCGAGCAGCCCCCAAAUUGCAGCAUGCUGUUUUUACUAUGAUGCUGUUUUAGUAAUAUUUUCUAAAUCUCAAAAUACAAAGUGAAUGUUUGGAAAUCGCUGGGUCCCAGUGUUGGUGGCUGUUGGGAGUUUCUGGACCACUUGCUAGCAGUGAUUUUAAAAUUAUUAUUAGCUAAAAUCCAAAAAAAAAAAAAAACCAACCAACAACAGAAAUUGUUUGGUGCAGAACAUGCACCUUGACAAUGGUACUAACUUGUUAUGCUGUAGAACACGUUAGAAUAGAUCUAUUUUUGCCAGAGCAUCCUCCUCCAGUCCUCUGAUUACCUUUCACUAGAGUUCCUCAAGACAGUGCUGUGUAUUCAUGGGACCUUUUUUUAAAAAGAAGCAAAGCAAAAGAUUACUUUUUUCUAUAUGAUUAAUAUCUUACUUGAUCUGCUUUUCCUAAACCUCAGUGGCUUUUCCCUUAGGCAGGGGUGGGCGUGGGAGGGCAACCUACUGGAUAUGACUGUUUUCAGAUACUUAAAAAACAAAAACUUUUUUGUAGAAAUGCUUAAUUUUUAAGCGGCUAGGCACUGAGAGUAGCAGAAAUCCUGCAAAGCUUUAUAGUCCUUUAGACACUCGCCUUGUCUUUUCUCUGAAUGGGAGUCUUGAUUUCAAUAUUAGUGCUUUUCUUAUGCCCUGUAUCCACUGGAAAGGGGUGUUGGUAUUUUCAGGUAACAACGUUUGUUAGCACAAAUACUUCAGACAAACAUGUAGUUCCCCCCCCCGCCCCAUUUAUCAUUUUCAUUUCAUUUCUCUCAUUCUUUAUUUUGGAAAACCAUAUUGGUAUAGUGUGUACCAUAAUCUGCCAGCAGACACCCACCAUCUACACUAACAUCUGUCCCACUAGCAUCCUCAAGAGAAAAAGUUGUUGCACCUUAUGUAUAUCUCAAGCAAACCAAAAUAUGAUACUCUUCUGCUUUGUUUUAUUCUAAAUUGUUGUAUCAUAUCUUUCUGAAACCAUUCUGAAUUUAGUUGAAAUUAUCAAUAUUUAUGCUUUUAACCUUAAUUUCUGGAUUCAAACCUGUAUAUAAAUCUUUUGGAAAAAAUUGUCCUCGCCCUUCUCAGUGAUGCUGGAAGCGGAUGGUUUAGUCUCAGAUGGAGACGCAGUACUGUUCCCGGUUCCUUUAGCCUUUUAUUUAUUUAGUUACUCCGGGUAUUUCCUAUGUAAUUUUGAAGUGUGUAGAGUAUAUAAUAGUAACUGAAGCUGCAGCUCUAAGUAGCUGAGUGAAAGAAAAAAUUACUGUAAGACAUCCUUUUAAAGUUUUUAUUUGUUUGGAUACUGUAAUGAGAUCAGGAAAGAGGAAAAAUGUCCCACAGCCACACUGAAGAUACAGGUUCUUAUUCCCAAAUUAGAUUAGUUCCCAGAUUUUUUAGAUCAAAACCGGUUGACUCAUUAAAGCCCCCUUUAAAGGAUAAAUCAUACUGUUGGAAUUCUGACAGUCCUUUUUCCCCACAAAUAAUCAGAAAUAUAUAUAUAUAUUUAAUUCUGUCAGAUGAGCUUUCUGCCAAUGCCAUCUCAAAGCCGAAAUGCUGACACCAUUCCCACGUUACCACUGAUAUGCUAGUUCCUGCCAUUAAAACUGCUGGAGAAAAAAAAAAAAAAAGUGAUGGAA